AUACUCCCAUACCUUAUACACACCCGUUAUAGCCAUACCUAUGGCUGUCGAGACGCUCCACCUUUCCAUCCUCGACCAGUGUGCCGUGCGAUGCUACACUCCAAUACUGAAGAUCUUUCCCUUCCCGAAAAAAGACCAAAUUGGCAGCGCGACUAGUGCAAUCCAAGCAGGGCUCCAGCUUACAUUGGAAACGUUUCCAUUCCUCGCUGGCACUGUUCAGCCAGCCAAUUCUGAAUCAGGAAAACUAUCGGUAACGUACGAGCGUGUUGUACCAGAUGUAAUAACGGCGAAUCUCUUUUCAGCUAGCAGCAUUCUGCCUCCCAAAGAAUGCUUCCACACGUACAAACAGCUGAAGCGAGAUGGUAUGCCUCAGAGCUUCUUCACAGGCGAGAUGUUUUGCCCUAAUGCAUUGCGCAACCACCCUGGUGUCCUACGAAACGCUGAGGGUAUAAUGGAUUGCAAACAUGCUGUCCCAGUCCUUGCGGUCGAAGUCUUCUUCAUCGCCGGCGGACUUGUCCUGAGCAUGUAUUCUCAUCACAGCGUGUGCGACGGUGUGGGUAUGCACAAUUUCUGGAAGCAUUUUGCCGCAAAUGUGUACUGCCAGCGGUCUGGGAGACUUCCACCUUCUUUGGAGAGUUUCAUUGACGAAUCAACCUUACGAUUACAGAUAGACAGUAAUAUUCCGACGUUUGGAAAAGCACCUAGAGUAGGUGUCUACGGUCCUUGCAACUAUACACCAACACUCCCUGACACUGCGCCAUGCACUGCCAGGAUCUUUGCCCUCUCUGCAGAACGUAUCCGGGCGAUGCGGGAUGAAUUGGGCAGGCUCGUCAAGACAGUCACGCCUAUAACCCAAUGCAAUAUCCUGGCUGCUUUGGUGUGGAUACACGUUACUCGUGCACGACAUAAACGCCUGGUCCAGCAUGGUCAUACAGAUACGAGAAUUGGCAUUGCAGUCAAUUUGCGCGAACGAGUAAAACCUCAGCUACAGCCUUCGUACAUGGGAAACAUGGCUCUUAUGGCUAGGGCAACAGCUUCCAUCGCAAGGUUCAAUGCCGAAUCAUGUGUGACUAGCGCAACUAUCGUCCCCGCUAUUCAAGCCAUCAAUGGCGCAAUCUCGAACGCAACGAACGCAUGGGCACAGCGUCAUUUUGCAUACUUCCAGUCUAUCGAUCGGAUUAUCGACACUGAAAUCUCGCUCCAGUUCAAUCGCGGCCCUGACCUAUACAUAACCUCGUGGAUGCAUUUCGGCGCUGAGUAUGAGUGGGAUAUCCCGGGUACGACGUCCAAAUCGCCUGAGUACAUUCGUCGAACGCACAGCCCAAGCGACGGCGGUGUAAUCAUCAUGCCGAGACGCAUAGAAGUCGAUACGUGCGGUAGGGAAGCCCCGUAUGAGGUGCUUAUAAGACUUGCUAGUGAGGAUAUGGGUGGGCUCGUGAACAAGGAAGGUGGCCUUGCUUCUUGGUCAGAAAGGGUUAUUGGAUAGUGGCUUGCGCACCUACACUUGCGAACUCUCCCACUUGAAGGUCUCCCAUAUUCUCUUAAGACUUAUGUAUUAUACAAUUUCAGCCCUUGCGUCUAUUUAUUUCCAUAAGAUACCACUUGCCUAUAUGGGCGGCUGUAUUCGACCGUACACUGCCUGGCAUUGCGUAAGUACAUGUUAAGAACGGCACAGAGCAGCCAUUUGUGAGCGGUCUCUCUGCCGUUUGGAUGCUCCUAUAUGCUAGGUAUGCGGCUGCUGCAUUUUUCUACUCUGUACCGCACCACAGCCAUCGUUUGAUAUUAUACUAUGGUAAGUGUUUCACAUAAAAAGAAACAGGACAUUGUGAUCCCCAUAAUAUGCGAACGCAUGUGAGGCCACUAAACAAGCGAAGGAUCGGCGCAUCUUCCCUACCUUGCGAUGCGAACCACUUUGCAGACCAGUAUUAGCCUGUAAGCAAACCAUCACCAGCCAACCCCCCGGUAGGCAGUCUUUGUAUGCACGGCGAAUCGACCA